AGUGGCAACCAUGAGGUGGAGAUCUGUGUUGUGGAGUUUCCUCGCUUUAUCUGUCUUCACUUUCUCUGAGGUCCAAACCACACUGGUUUACAACCAUGUCAGCAGCAUCUGCAGCACAUGGGGCAGAGCUCACUUCAAGACCUUCGAUGGGGAUGUGUACCAGUUUCCCGGCAUGUGUGAAUACAACCUGAUGUCCGACUGUCACGACUCCUAUCAGCUCUUCUCGGUGCACAUAAAGAGAGCAGAAAAGGACGGAAACCCAACCAUCAGCUACUUGUCAGUCACCGUCAAUGAACUUUUGUUUCACAUCAGCAAGAGCUGGGUCACUGUCAACUAUGAGAAAGUCCCUCUGCCUUACUACAAGGGAGGGGUGCAAGUGGAAAAUAAUGCUGCUUACAUCAAGUUUCAGAGCAAAGUCGGGUUCACUGUCAUGUGGAACGGAGAAGAUGCUGUGAUGGUGGAAAUUGAUACUGACUUUGCAAACCGAACUUGUGGACUUUGUGGAGACUUCAAUGGUGUCCCAGUAUACAAUGAGUUCAUUAAUUAUGGCCGUAAAAUCAGCCCCAUUGAGUUUGGAAACAAACACAAAGCCCACCACCCAAAUGAUGACUGCGAGGACCCGUAUGAGGAGGAAGGUGGACUGCUGGAGGUUGAGACUGUCUCAGAUUCCUGCAAGGAAUAUCUCACUUUCUGUGAAAACAUGUUUUUGUCAGAGUCCUGGAGCUCAUGCACUAAACUGAUUAACCAUGAAGUUUACAUCCAGGCCUGUGUAAAGGACAUGUGUGGCUGCAAUAACAAUACCAAUGACUUCUGUGUCUGCAGCACGCUGUCUGAGUUUUCUCGACAGUGUUCCCAUGCAGGAGGACAGCCUCCCAACUGGAGGACAGCUCAGUUCUGUGCCAAAGAAUGCCCUUACAACAUGGUCUAUGAAGAAAGCGGCUCCCCUUGCAUGGAUACUUGCACACAUCAGGACACAAGUUCACUCUGUGAGGACCACAAAAUGGACGGAUGCUUCUGUCCUUCUGGAACGGUGUUUGAUGAUAUUUCUGAGAGAGGCUGUAUUCCUCAGUCUGAAUGUCAGUGCAAGCGUGACAAAAUCUACAACCCUGGAGACGUUUACCGAAUAGAUCAAGAGGAAUGCACAUGCUUUGAGGGAAUGUGGGAUUGCAUCACCCUUGAAACACCGGCUACAUGUGCAGUUGAACAAGGUUCAUAUUUCACUACUUUUGAUGGGAAAACUUACACUUUCCAUGGGGAUUGUUACUACACUCUGGCAAAGGUGGAAAGCAAGGACGGAGUGAGCCCAAACUUUACCCUCCUGGCCCAGCUGGUGCCUUGUGCUUACCAACAGUUUGACACAUGCCUGAAGUCCCUUAAAAUCCUGCUAAACAAUGACAAAAAUAACGUGCUAUCAUUCAUCUCUGAUGGUGGAGUUCAGCAGAACAUGCAGACUGUCACUCUGCCGUACCAAUCAGGAGACAUCAGCAUUUUCCACGCCUCAUCCUUUCACAUCUUGAUGCAGACCAGAUUCGGGUUGCAGAUUCAGAUCCAGCAUGUCCCUCUCAUGCAAGUCUACAUCAGCCUGGAGAAAAGCUACACAUCAAAGACACGUGGUUUAUGUGGGAACUUCAACAUGAUCUUGAGUGAUGAAAUGAAGACUCCUCAGGGGAUUGUGGAGGGAACUGCAGCAACCUUCAGUAACUCUUGGAAGGCUAACCUCAUGUGCUCAGACAUUGAGGAAAGACUUGAUGAUCCAUGUUCCCUCAGUUUGGAAAACGAGAUGUAUGCCAAACACUGGUGCGCCUUACUUGUGAGUCCAGACAGUGCUUUUGCCCAGUGCCGAUCGGUGGUGGAUCCCGAGAUGUUUCACAAGCGAUGCAUCUACUCCACCUGUAGCUGCGAGAAGAGCGAGGCAUGUUUGUGUGCCGUCUUCUCUUCUUAUGCUCGAGCUUGUGCAGAAAAGGGAGUUUUCCUGACAAACUGGAGAGAUAAUGUGUGUGAUACAGAGACAAAGAGCUGCCCGGCAUCUCAGACCUUCUCUUACACACAUCAGAGAUGCCAGCUGACAUGCAGGUCUUUGAGCUCGGAGCAGCAGAGCUGCACCUCGGACUUCUUGCCUGUGGACGGCUGCUCCUGUGCUGAGGGUCUCUACUUGGAUGAAAACGGCCUUUGUGUUCCAGUGGAAAAAUGUUCCUGCUUCUAUAACGGCAAUUACAUUAAGCCAGGGACAUCCAUCAACAUCAGAGAUGAGCACUGUGUGUGCAAUAAUGGAGUACUUCAUUGUCAUUCUUGGAGAAGCCGCAUGUCAUUGUGUCCUUAUCCAAAAGUCUACUUCAACUGUUCCUCUGCAACCGCUGGAGACCUUGGGCUACAGUGUGCUAAAACUUGUUCGAAUCUGGAAAGUGAUGAAUGUCUUUUUACAGAGUGUGAGUCUGGCUGUCGGUGUCCGGACGGCCUCCUCGAAGACGGCAAAGGGGACUGUGUGAAAGUAACUGACUGUCCAUGCAAGCACAACGGACGUAUUUUUGCUCCCGGAGCAGUGAUCCCUGACCUGUGCAAUACCUGCGAUUGUAAAAGUGGAAAAUGGCAUUGCACUGACAAAAAAUGCCCAGCAUCUUGUAUUAUUUAUGGAAGUGGGCACUACAACACAUUUGAUCAAAGGACAUAUGGAUUUCAGGGUGAAUGUGGUUACGUCGCUGUCAAGAAUAAAUGUGGCAACAAAACAGCUGAGAACAACUUUGGAGUUAUUACAGAAAAUGUUCCCUGUGGCUCUUCGGGAACCACCUGCUCCAAAAUUGUCAGAAUUCAACUAGGGCGAACAGAAAUCAAACUAAUAAAGGGUAAAUAUAUCGAGGAAGAUCUGGGACAUGGCAACCUGAUUCAGUACAGAAUAAGGAGGGUCGGCUUGUACCUGGUGGUAGAAUCAAAAAUUGGUGUGGCGUUGAUAUGGGAUCGAAAAACAGCUGUUCGCAUCCUUCUGGAGCCCCAGCACGCCGGUUCAGUGUGUGGCUUGUGUGGAAAUUUUGAUGGCAACGGACUGAACGACUUCACCACCCAGGGUCAGCUGGUGGUGAGCAACCCUCUAGAGUUUGCAAACAGCUGGAAAGUUCAGAGCACUUGCCCAGAUAAGGAAGAGAUUGUGGAUUCUUGUGCAGCUGCACCCAUGAGACAUCAAUGGUCAAAAAUGAUGUGCAGCAUCAUAACAGGGAAUACAUUCAAAGACUGCCACCAUAAGGUUGAUCCCCACACCUUUUAUGACAACUGUGUGAAAGACUCGUGCGCCUGCGACACUGGAGGAGAUUGUGAGUGUUUCUGCUCAGCUGUCGCAGCCUACGCUCAGGCUUGCACAGAGGCUGGAGUUUGUGUUGCAUGGAGAACCCCAGACAUCUGCCCUGUUUUUUGUGAUUACUAUAACAGCCCAGAUGAGUGUACAUGGCACUACAGUCCUUGCCACACACCUUGUUACAAGAGCUGUUUGAACCCACAAGGGAUUUGUAACAACCCGAUACCUAAUCUGGAGGGUUGUUAUCCAGUAUGCCCAGAAGAUAAGCCAAUUUUUGAUGAGAAGAAUCAGACAUGUGUGGAAGAAUGUGCAUAUUGCUUGUACAAUGGGACAAUAUAUGAAGAUCAUGAUGUGAUAUACAAUGUCACUGACAAGAUGGGAAUGUGCUACUACGCAAUCUGCAUUAAUACAACUGUGAUACGCACAAGUGAACCCUGUGCAACAAGCCCACCAUCAAUUUCCACAACUGAACCUCCAACUCCAGAGCCAACUACAACUACAACUACACCUCCCUCUACAACAACUCCAGAGCCAACUACAACAACUACAACUACACCUCCCACUACAACUCCAGAGACAACUACAACCAAAACAACUGCACCUACCCCUAAC